AUGGGCUCUAUUCUAGAAAGCGACUGCAACCCGGUGGGAUCAUACCCGCCCUCCGGAAUCGACGUACUUAUCGUUGGCACUGGGCUUGCCGGCCUGACUGCUUCGAUCGAAUGUGUUCGUAAAGGACACAACGUACGCGUUCUGGAGCGUCACGAUGAUAUAAACACUGCAGGGGACAUGUAUUUUAUGGGACAUAGCGCUACAAAGUUCUUCCGGCACUGGCCACAGCUACAGAGAGAGUACGAGCUGAUAUCUAUGAACAAUGCCUGGAUCGAGACCUUCAAGCACUCAGGGGAACAUAUGAUAACGCCGCUGAAGGUUUCCGAUCGCCUGAGACAAGCUGGCAUGGACCCAAACACCCCACCGGGCGCUUUUCAGAUGAGACCCCUCAUCUAUCGCAUGUACCUGAACGAGGUACAACGGCAAGGCAUCAAAAUCCAGUUUGGUCAGAAGGUUGUCGACUAUUACGAGGACCAAGAACGUCAAAAGGCAGGUGUCGUAACAGACAAGGGAGACCGUUUCGAAGCGGACGUUGUCAUUGCUGCAGACGGCGUGGGCUCCAAAUGCCAAAAGCUGGUAGGCGGGCAAGUGAGGGCGAUGAGUUCGGGUAGAGCCAUGUGGCGGGCAGCGUUUCCAACUCAUCAUCUGGACAAGAAUCCCGAGCUUAAAGAAUUUCUAAAGAUGGCUGGUCGGAAUAACAAUGAACCAAUGAUUAGAACUUGGUUAGGCCCGGGGAUGUACGCCAUGGUGCUUAUUCGUAAGGAGACGUGCGUCUGGCUUAUGAAUCACGACGUCACAGGGUCCGAGGAAGAGAACUGGAACCACACAGUAGGGGCAGAUGAUGUUUUAAACAACAUGGACAAAGGGUUGGACACUCCAUGGGACCCUAGAAUCAAGGAACUCGUCAAGUUGAUACCUGAUAACACCAUUGUCAACUUUGAACUAUUCUGGCGCAAUCCACAGCCUUCUUGGACGUCGCCGGGUGACCGAGUAGUCCUCAUCGGUGAUGCUGCUCAUUCUUUCUUGCCCGCUUCUGGAAACGGCGCAACGCAAGCAAUCGAGGACGCAGUCUCGUUGGCAACUUGCCUACAGAUUGCUGGAAAGAACAAUGUACCAGAAGCAGUUCGUACGCACGCACGAUUCCGCUACAUUCGCUGCUCGUGUGCGCAGAAGAUGGGGUUUGCCAAUGCUGAGUUACUCCAGCAUACUAACUGGGAGAAGGUGAAGCUCAACCCGAAGCUAGCGCAACCAAAACUCCCCAGCUGGAUUUGGAAGCAUGAUCCGGAGCAGUAUGCUUAUGAUAACUAUGACAAGAUGGCCGAUGCCAUCAGGCAAGGAAUUCCCUUCGACCAAGUGGACACUGUGCCGCCAAACUACCCCCCUGGCUACAAAUAUGAGCCUUGGAACAUCGAAGACAUGCAGAGGGAGGUGGAAAAGGCUACUGUCAACAUGGGUUCCGGCAACUGGGAUUAG